CCAGAGCCUAAUUUGUAUGCAAAAAAAAUAUCAUUUAUCCUCAGCUAUGACGAUUCACAAUCUAGGCGAGAAAUCGGCCUUGUUCCAGCCAUUGGCUAUUGCCAAUGGCGGUAUCACCCUCAGCCACCGCAUCGUCCAUGCGCCUUUGACCCGUAACCGUGGAGUUCCGGAGAAGUCUAUUAGCACCCCCGAAGCGCCUAAUCGAGUUUGGAUUCCUGGAGAUCUGAUGGUUGAGUAUUAUGCACAGCGCGCCACCGAUGGAGGCUUGAUGAUUUCCGAGGGGAUCCCGCCGUCGCUAGAGAGCAAUGGAAUGCCCGGCGUUCCGGGCUUGUUCACCCCCGAGCAAAUCGCCGGAUGGAAAAGGGUCGUUGAUGCGGUCCAUGCAAAGGGUGGAAUCAUUUAUUGUCAACUCUGGCACGCUGGUCGAGCCACUAUUCCCCAGAUGACUGGGUCUCCAUCCGUGUGUCCAUCGGCAAGUGUGUGGGACUCGCCCACGGAAUGCUACUCCCAUCCCCCUGUUGGCUCCACCGAGUACUUUUCGGUUCCGUACGCGGAUCACCCACCUAUUGAAAUGACAGUGGCGCAUAUCAAGCAGACCAUUCAGGACUAUUGCAAUGCUGCCAAGGCUGCCAUGGAAAUAGGGUUUGAUGGCGUGGAAAUCCACGGUGGCAAUGGUUAUCUUCCCGAGCAAUUCCUCAGCUCCAAUAUCAACAAGCGCACGGAUGCUUAUGGUGGAUCGCCAGAGAAACGAUGCUUGUUCGUUUUCGAGUUAAUGGAUGAAUUGGCAAAGACUAUUGGAGAACAGAAUUUGGCGAUUCGACUAUCCCCUUUCGGUUUAUUCAACCAAGCUCGUGGUGAGCAGCGAGUUGAGACCUGGACUCAUCUAUGUGAGGGUUUGAAGAAGAGUCAUCCAACUCUAUCCUACGUUAGUUUUAUUGAACCGCGCUAUGAGCAAAUCUUUAGUGGGGACGAGAAAGAGGGUUUCCUUCAAAGCUGGGGCCUGAAGGAUGUCACUCUGGAUCGUUUUCGAGAGAUCUUCGGUACAACACCGUUCUUCUCCGCUGGUGGUUUUGAUGACACCAACUCCUGGGGUAUUGUGGAAUCAGGAAAGUACGAUGGCCUCCUUUACGGUCGUUACUUUAUCAGCAACCCCGAUCUGGUGGAUCGACUGAGGAAGGGCCUCCCCUUGGCUCCGUACGACCGGUCCCGGUUCUAUGGGCCGUUUGAGGAUAACGAGUUCCACUAUACGGAUUAUCCGACUGCUGAUCAGCACAAGGCUAAGAUAUGA